AUGAGCAACGGAGACCGUACCCUGCUGGUACCUCCCCACACCGGCGACCACGUCCUCCCCAACCUGCCUUUCUUCGAGAAGCUAUUACGAUUUGCCAACAGAAGCACACCCCGCAUCGCCAUCCGAGAUGUGAACGCGGGCGUGGAAAAAAGCUACGCACAGUUGCUGAUAGACGGACUGGUCUUGCGGAGGAAGCUGCAAGAGACGCUGUCCCCAGACAUACAAGAAGAUCUGCUCCAGGACCGCGAAGUACCCAUUGCGCUGCUGGCGCCAGGGGGCUACGAGUAUGCAGUGGGGUUUAUAGCCAUUCUGGCGCUGGGGGCGGCUGUCGUUCCACUGACUGUCGUCCUUCCGACAGAGGAGGCAAGCGCACUCGUACAUCGUGCCCGUUGUGCAGCAAUUGUCUGCUCUCGAGGAUCUAUAGAUCUAGCACAGUCUGUGUCAUCUAUCCACAGCAACCUCCCCUACCUAUCCAUAGAACCCUACGCCAACAGCAACCCGAUAUCCCCAACAAUAGACAAAAUAACAAUCUCCUCUAACCGCGAGCUUGACCCCAACUUAGCCAGCCUCAUAAUCUUCACAUCCGGCACAACCGGCCCCCCAAAAGGCGCCGUCCAGCGCCGGAGCUACCUAACCAGAGCAGCAGAAGCCAUCGCAGACCACUACGGCAUAGCCGAAACCGACACAAUCCUGCACAUGCUUCCCGUGCACCACAUCACAGGCGUGAUAAUCAAUUUCCUCCCCUAUCUAGUGACAGGCGCGUGUGUCGAGUUCCGCAGCGGCAGCUUCGACGCCGCCUGGACGUGGGAGCGCUGGCGUCGUGGAGGCCUGACAGUGUUCUCUGGCGUGCCAACCAUCUACAUACGCAUGAUGCGAUACUUUGAGUCAAAUCAGCUCUCGGAGGAGAAGCGCCAGGCGUACGUAAACGGGGCACAAAGCUUGCGUGUUCUACUAUGCGGAACGUCGGCGCUGCCGGCUCCCGUGCAGGACUUCUGGACGCGUAUAUUGGCCGGAAAGCGCAUUCUAACGCGGUACGGUGCAUCGGAGAUAGGGGUCUGCUUCAUGAUGGGUGUGGACGACGCCCAUACUCCGCCGAACAGUGUUGGGCGGGCGGUGCCGGGGGUAGAGGUGAAGUUGGAUGAGGAUGGGAUGGUGUUGGUAAAGGGGCCGCAUAUAUUUUCGAAAUACCUAUACGACGAGCAAGCGACGGCAGAUGCCCACGACGCAGAAGGGUACUUCAGAACUGGAGACAUCGCGCGAAGAGAAGGUCCAUACUACUUUAUUUUGGGCCGAGCAUCUCUUGAUAUCAUCAAGUCGGGGGGAUACAAGAUCUCUGCGCUGGACAUUGAGCGCGAGAUUCUCGGGUUGGACUACAUCGCUGAGGUGAUGGUCGUGGGUGUACCUGAUGAUGAGUAUGGACAGCGAGUGGGUGCCGCUAUUUGUUUGAAGGAUAGUAGUCAUAGUAGGAAGGGUCUGCUGGAGAGACUACGACACGAUCUGCGGAGCAAGCUGGCGGGAUAUAAGCUGCCGACUGUGCUGCGGGUCGUCCAGGGCGAACUGCCCAAGUCGGCGACGGGGAAGGUGCAGAAGAGGAUUCUGGGACCGGAGUAUUUCCCGGUGGGAUAUGGGGUGGAUGGGGAGGUGGAAGUGUGGAAGGGGAGGAAAAUGAAGUUGUAA